UGUCGAUCACUGAGUAGGAGGCGGGGCCAUGUUUGCUAAAGACCCGGAAGUAGUUAGGAAGCAGCAGCUGCAGCUUGUGAUGUUCUCCUGCUCCCUGCUGUUGGCUGAAGUGAUGCCCAGGCUCGGAGAUGUCUGUACGCUGCAAAACCCAGACCUUACAGGUUCUAGACACGGAAUACAGCGCAGACGCCGUGGAGUGGUGCCCACUGAGUGACUGGCGUACAGUCCUGGCAUGCGGAACCUAUCAGUUAAAUAAACCAGCGAGUGAUCUCAGCGACGAGACAAAUGACGCCCCGCACUUGCGGCUCGGUCGCCUCUAUCUCUAUAACUACGAUCCCCACCGGCUGUUUUCUCCUGUAUCUGAGCUGCAGAGGAUUGAAGCGUCCGCCAUACUGGACAUGAAAUGGUGCCAUGUGCCAAUCUCGGGAUGUCCUAUGCUGGGUAUUGCCAAUGCUAAGGGUGCCCUGGAGCUAUACAGAUUGCAAGGCAGCGGGGAGAGCUGCAGGGUGGAGCUUGCAUGCAGCGCCAAUGUGGCUGAUGGCGAAUGUCUGGCUCUAUCUCUUGAUUGGUCCACGGGGAGAGCUGACAGCGGUUUUCCUGUAAAGCUGGUCUGCAGCGACUCCAAAGGCCGGCUGAGUGUCCUGCAGCUGGAGGAAUCUGCACCCUCGCUGGACGUCGUGUGUCAGUGGGAAGCCCACGGGUAUGAGGCCUGGAUCGCUGCCUUUAACUACUCGAACUGCGACACUGUCUUCUCAGGUGGAGAUGAUUGUCUACUGAGAGGAUGGGACACGAGAUCUAGACCGGACAGCCCUCUGUUUACCAGCAAGCGACAUUCGAUGGGAGUGUGCAGUAUUCAGAGUAACCCACAUCGGGAGCAUGUGCUGGCCACAGGCAGUUAUGAUGAACAUGUUCUCGUAUGGGACUUGCGGCAGAUGAAGCAACCGACAUCUGAUACUCACGUACAUGGUGGAGUGUGGAGGCUAAAGUGGCACCCAACAGAUAGCGCCCUCCUGCUGGCUGCCUGCAUGCACAGCGGCUUCCACAUUCUGGACUCUGCAUCUGAUGGUUGUCCCCUCGUGUCCUCUUACGUUCUACACAACUCUCUGGCGUAUGGAGCAGAUUGGUCCAGAGUGUCUUCUCAAGAUACUUCACUGACCAAUCCGGAUUCUCUCAAUGGACAGGAGUCUGUAGCUAGUGGCUGUGAUGCUGUGGGACCAAAGGUGAGCCAAGCCAUGCAGAACCUGAAGAUCUUCUACGAGUCGCCCACCGCCAGCUUUGACGUGCUCCUAGAGGAUGAGUCGGGGGAGUACAUCUCUGAAUCUGAUAAUGUGAAGAGCGAUUUGGCCGACCAGCCAGUCCUUGAAGUUACCAGCUCGGCCAGAUACGGACAAGCAAAGACUAGCGUGGUGGCCACGUGCUCCUUCUACGACCACGUCCUGCAUGUCUGGAGGUGGCAGUCUCAGAGGCCUCAGUCUGCGGAAUGACCUUGCCAGCUGCACCUGGGGCAGUUAGUUGGUCAUUAAAUGAUCUACCUCCUGCUCAGCUCAAACACACUUACAGCUAGGUCUGUGACACAGGUGAUCCUGGGGUAAAUGUGGCAGGAAGCUGAAGAAGUAUUGCAAUAACCAAGAGCGUAACAUUUACUUUUAUUACUUGUUAGGUUUACAGGGUCUUGGUUUAUUUUUUGUAAAACUAAAAUAAAGUGAAGGAGCUGAAAUCGCAAAAUGGGACAACUGCAAACAAUCGGAAACGAUGUCACAGGAUUACCGUUUAUAGUGAUUGUGUAACAGAUUGUCACCACAAAGCAGCACUUGUAAUUGCAACCUGACACUUACACACUUUGGGUUAGUUACAUGGAUCAUACAAAUGGAAUGGCUGAAAAUGCAGAAUAUCAAAUCACUAGUUAUAGCUCUGAUGCACUCAGAGGUAGACACUGAGGCAGCCAUUUUGUAGGCUUCAUGUUCCCAUCUAGUCAGUAACUCCUAUGACGGGUUCACUGGUCUGGCUCACAAAAUGUCUGACUUCCAUGUCUGACUUCCAUGUUGGAUUUAGUAGGGUGUCUCCUUGAAACUGUUGGUUUGGAGGCGACAGAUGCACUCUUAUGCGUCUCUUGAAAUAUAGAACUAGAAGCUGCAGGAAACUAUUACACUAAGAUUAUGCACUUUCAUCAGAUUAAUUUAUCUGUCCUUUCUGAAGGCAUUUUAUCAAAGAGUAAUGUUUCGUAGAUUUUUAUUAAGUGGGGGGGGAUGGCUUAAAUGCUAAAAACUUUAUUAUUAAUUGCCUGUGCACUUAAUUUCCAUUUCCAUCACACAUUAGGCAGCCAUUUUGUAGGCUUAAGCAAUAAUUAUGAGAAGCCUGUCAGAUGACCUGAUUUGACACGCCCAUAUGAAAGCAGCCUAUGUAGUUCACAAAAUGGCUGCAUUCACUGUGGCUGACAUAUGUGAUCAAUAUACAGUAUGUACCGUAUACAUCAAUACCCCACAGCCAGAGACUGAUCAAUCAUCGAGACAGUGGCCUGAUUCCUAUAUUUUACUUGUAUGUAUAAUAGCAGAAACUCUAAGCAAUAACAAGUAAAAAAUAUAGCCCCCUUCCCCCUCAGUCUUGUGCCAAACUUCUAGCCAUUUGCAGACCCCCCCCCCCCCUCCCUCCGUACACCAGCAUUUCAUGUUAUAUGAGCAUCAUACAGUAUACCCAGCUUUUACACUGUACUUAUAUAUUUGAUCAAUAAAAAUUACCUUUUUCAUUAAA